GUGGUUCAGGCUUUGCAUCUCUCCAACCUCACCUAUAUACUUUAUAACCUCAAGCAACAUUAGCAUCCAUCCAACAUCCAAACCAUGGCUAUGCCUCAUGGAACUCCAACUACAAAGCAUGUUAUCAGACCAAUCUGCAAAUCAGCUCAACCAUUGGAAAAUGGAAGAAGAAGCAUGUUGUCACUCUUACUACUGUCAUCAAUGCCGACAACAAUGAUAUCAGAGGCCAAUGACUCAAAAAAGACUCUUUUUGAAGAGUAUCUGAGGAGGUCCAGGGAGAACAAACAAAAGAAUGACAAAGAAAGGUUGGAUGAUUAUUACAGAAGAAACUACAAGGACUACUUUGAACUUAUUGAAGGUACUGUGAAGGAUAAGCAAGAAGAGUUGCUUUCUGAAUCUGAAAAGCAAAUAAGAGAAUGGCUAAAGAAGAAUAAGUAAUUGAACAUGAUUCUGUCUGAAGAAAAGCAUUUGUUAAUACAGCAUAAUAAUCUCUGUACUCUGUUUUGACAAACUAUAUAAUAGAAAUGUUUAGUGCAUUACAAAUGCAGAUGAUUGCCAGUUUAGAA